UUGCGGAAGUUGCUCUUUGUGUCGUUCACUAAACGUGAGGGACGUGAAACAAAAUGUUUUCAGGCGGGUUCCUGUUACAUAAUCGAUAAACUCAGUGCUCCUCCGGUGUAUAAAGUAUAUGUAGAGUUUCCUUAGCGAGCAUGUCGAAAGAAUCAGCGCGCAAAUGCUCCAAACGAGCGGAGUCAGAAGAGUUGCCCAUCUCCCAGCACAAGUCCCGCCUGGUGCAGGCGGUCAGAGACAACGCUUUCCUGCUGGUCACCGGAGAGACUGGCAGUGGGAAGACCACACAGCUACCGCAGUAUCUGCACCGAGCAGGUUUUUGCAAAGAUGGCAAAAUUGGAAUCACUCAGCCCCGCAGGGUUGCAGCCAUUACAGUGGCCCAGCGGGUGGCUCAGGAAAUGGACUACACUCUGGGUAGAGAGGUCGGCUAUCAAGUGCGCUUCGAUGAUUGCACCACGCAAGACACAGCUGUGAAAUACAUGACAGAUGGCUGCUUGCUCAGAGAAGUCCUGGCCGAUCCCAGUCUAUCUCAGUACAGUGUCAUCAUUUUGGAUGAAGUCCAUGAGAGAAGCCUAAACACUGACAUCCUCCUGGGUUUAAUGAAGAAGGUCUUCUGUGGAGCAGGGAGAGCGGCCCGAGGGCGAUCGUCCCCGCUGAAGGUGGUGGUGAUGUCGGCCACCUUGGAGACAGAAAAGCUGUCAGCGUUUCUCGGGGACUGCCCUGUCUUUGCCAUACCGGGGAGGACCUUUCCAGUCACGUGCUCCUUCGGUUCAGCGGUGGGACCUAAAGACCUCGAGAGCACUGGCUAUGUGAAAGAGGUGGUAUCAGUGGCGCUUGAUGUGCACACCAGCGAGGUGGCUGGAGACAUCCUCGUCUUCCUAACAGGUCAGUCGGAGAUUGAGCGUGCGUGUGACUUGCUGUAUGAAAAAGCUGAGAAGAUCGACUACCGCUAUGAUGUACAUGAUGAAACCGUGGAAGGUCUGCUCAUCUUGCCCCUCUACGGAUCCAUGCCUACUGAGCAGCAGAGGCAAAUCUUUCAGCCUCCACCUCCAGGGAUAAGGAAGUGUGUCGUAGCAACUAAUAUUGCUGCCACGUCACUCACCAUCAAUGGAAUAAAGUACAUCAUCGACAGCGGCUUUGUCAAGCAGCUCAACCACAAUUCCAGGGUGGGCAUGGAUAUCUUGGAGGUGGUGCCCAUUUCAAGGAGUGAAGCUCAGCAGAGAGCGGGCAGAGCGGGACGCACCUCUGCUGGAAAGUGUUUUCGGAUUUAUAACAAGGAGUUCUGGGAGGAGUGCAUGCCGGAAUACACCAUCCCAGAAAUCCAGAGGACAAGUCUGACUUCAGUGAUACUGACGCUCAAGUGCCUUGGUGUUCAUGAUGUUAUUCGGUUUCCGUAUCUGGACUGUCCUGAGGAGAGGUUCAUCCUGGAAGCACUGAAGCAGCUCUAUCAGUUUGAUGCCAUCGACCGGCGAGGGCAGGUGACGAGCCUCGGGGAGCUGAUGGUGGAGUUCCCACUUCAGCCAGGCCUCACCAGGACUCUGCUCAAAGCUGCAGCUCUCGGCUGUGAGGACCUGCUGCUCCCAGUCGCUGCCAUGUUGUCUGUAGAGAACAUCUUCAUUAGACCUGGUCACCCUGACAGGCAGAAGGAGGCCGAUGAAAUUCACCGGGCGCUGGCAGCCAAGACUGGUGGCACAAACGACUUCGCUACACUUCUUAGUGUUUAUCAAUUAUGUAAAUCAAGUGAAAGGCCCUCAGUUUGGUGUAGAGACAAUUGGAUCCACUGGAGGGCGCUGAAGUCUGCCUUUAGUGUGGAGACUCAAUUGCGGGAGAUUCUCCUCCGCCUGCAGCAGAAGAAAGAUUUUCCCGUUGAAACAUUUGAUGGCAAUAAAAGUGAACUCUUCAGACGCUGCUUGUGCACUGGAUACUUUACCAAUGUCGCAAGAAGGUCUAUUGGAAAGGUGUUCUGCACAAUGGACGGCCACGGGUCGAUGAUUCAUAUCCAUCCAUCUUCCACGCUGUUCGACCAGGAGAUCGAUCUGAACUGGAUCAUUUUUCACGAUGUGCUGGUGACCUCACGUGUGUACGUCAGGACAGUGUGUCCCAUUCGAUAUGAGUGGGUGAAGGACCUGCUGCCUAAACUACAUGAGGUGGACGUCUACGAGCUGAGCAGCGUGGCAAGAGAAGAAGUGACUGAAGAGGAGAUGAUGAAGUGGGAGAGCAGGGAGGCUGCAAAGCGACCGGCAGAAGUUUCGACAGAAGAAUUCCUGAAGAAGUUGGAGAAGCGAAAUGAUGAAGGCUCAGUGAAUGAUGCACGCGCACGCUACCUUCAACGAAAGCAGCAGAGACAAAAGCAGAAUAAUGCUCUAUGACAUCCCUCUAUAAAUACAUGUGGUGGCUAACUAGUGUCUUCAUUUGUCAUCCCCUGUAAAUAACAUAUUUUGAUGUGUUUUUAAACAAAUCUUGUUACAUGACUUCAUAUUUUCAAUA